GGGACGAUCUAUCAUAAUCUAGACAUAACACACACACUAACAGCAUCUCCACCAUCGCAAGAAGAGAUCAAAAAAACUCCACCAACAAAAACUGGGAAGAAGUUUGGAGUAGGAGCAAGAGCCAGAGAAGGGGGGAGGAGAGUGAGGUGGACGAGCUGGUAGAUGUCUCUUUGUUGACAUUGAUCAGCUGUGAGAAACUCCCGAUGCCACAGCGGAGAAAAUCACAAUGGCCUCUGCAUCCCUCCUCAAGUGGUUCCCCGGCACGCUCUACAACUCCGCCCUCAACGUAGUGGUGCUACACUACAAGAGCGUCAGCCACGAGCUCCGUAUAUUCCCGCCUUCGGUCCAGUUCGAUGUUCUAUAUAAGCUGUACAAGUAUGGGUGCCUGGCUGAGCUUCGUGGAGAGCUGUGCAGCCUGGAUGUGCUCACACGGAUGCUUAAGGUCGUCGACAAGAGGCACUUGCUGCAUCACUGCUUUCAGGCCUUGAUGGACCAGUCACUAGGGGAUCACAGCAGUAAAAUAUCAUCUAUAUUAUCUCAAGCAUAUGUUGAGAAAUGUAAUCAAGAUACUAUUUUUGAUCAGCAACAAAUAGACAACCUAGUAUUGCAAGGACUGGCAGUAUCAGCGUUUUUAGCAGAGGCCGGAUGGCUGCCAGAUGCGGAGAGCAUCCUGACCUCGUGCCAGGGCCUUCUUGCGAACUCCGUCGAACCCCAACAAAUGACUCGGGCCCUCGAGUGCUGCCACAGAUUACUACAUGUACAGAACGGGUACUGUAGAUUUGAGGAAGCGGAGCGGACGUACAACCAAGCAAUGCAUUUGGUUAAGCAGCUGCAGCUGGUGGGAGCAUCGCCCAACCUUGCUUCUCUCUACUCCGAGUUUUCGACGCUGUACAUGCUAAGGUCAAACUAUGCAGAGGCAUAUAGCUGGAGUGUGAAAGCUCUACAAGCAUUGGUUGCUAAUUUCCCCAAGCCGCCACUCAUUGAUGUUCUGAGACAGUCUGCAAAAGCGUGUGUUUUGAAACGGGAGUUUAAGAAGGCUGGACUGCUAAUUAAACAGGCUGUUAUGAUUGCAACGGAAGUUUUUGGUGAUAAACAUCCAAAGUACGCUGACACGCUCAUAGACUAUGGUUUUUACCUCCUCAACGUAGAUGCUAUAAGUCAAGGGGUACAGGUGUAUCAGACUGCACUAGAUGUCCGCCAGAACGUUUUUGGAGGCAUCAACUUGCAUGUAGCCAUCGCUCAUGAAGAUUUGGCAUAUGCCUCUUAUGUCCACAAUUAUGCAUAUGGAAAAUUUACUCAUGCCAGAACACACGCUGAAAGAGCAAUCGAAUUGAUGCUCCGUCUCCUGCCAGAUGACCAUCUCCUUCUGUCGUCAAGCAAGAGAGUAAAAGCGUUGAUAUUAGAGGAAAUGGCUAUUGAUAACCCUAACAAGGAUGUUGAAAAGAAAUACCUAUCAGAGGCGCACUCACUACACAGAGAGGCGUUAGGAAUGGCUAUGCGUGCCUUUGGCGAGAUGAACGUUCAAACGGCUAAGCACUAUGGUAACUUGGGGCGACUAUACCAGUCGAUGAGGCUCUUUCAGUUAGCGGAGGAAAUGCACCUAAAAGCGAUUACCAUCAAGGAGCAGCUUCUCGGGCCUGAGGACUAUGAGGUGGCAUUGUCUGUGGGUCACCUCGCCUCCCUCUACAACUACGACAUGAUGAAGUUUGAUAAAGCAGAGCAGCUAUAUCUCAGAUCAAUUUCAAUUGGUAAGAAGCUAUUUGGAGAUGGCUACUCGGGUCUGGAGUAUGACUAUCGGGGUUUGCUACGUGUUUACAGCAUUCAAGCUAAUAUGGAGAAGUGCUUCAAAUAUCAGAAUGUCUUGGCAUAUUGGAAGCUGCUGCGAGAUGAAGCUCAGGAAACACAAACAUCGCCCUUUAAUGAACUCACGGAGCCUUUACGGGUUAUUGACACGUUAAAUCAGUUUAUGUCCAUGUCGUGAAUGAUGCAUAAAGAGAAGUGUUCGUGCCAGUCUCACAAAUUAUACUCUCAGUGCAACUGCAAUCCGUAAAAAAAACUGCAUUUAGUCUAACUUUGGAUGCAAACUUGUGAAAAAUUGCAUUUGGUCUGACUUUGGAUGUAAACUUCCUAAAAAAAACCUGCAUUUGGUCAAACUUUGGAUGCAAACUUCUUGAAAAAACUGCAUUUGUUCUAACUUUGAAUGAGAACUUCUCAGUACUUCCAAUGCAGUCUGAAGAUCCAUACUAAUGAGGUUCAUUUAAGUCAAUGGAUACAUUCAUGAAGUAAUACUAGCAACUGUUGCGUUGUGUACACAUUAUGAAGUCGUUUUAUUGCCAAACAUAUUCAGUCCAUGUGAUGAGAGGCACAUUUGGGAAAUGCAUUGCACCAGUAGAGUGUUUGGCCGCUUGGAGUAUUUUGCAAGCUAAGUGUGAUUACAUCAGUGUUUAAUAUUCAUUCAUGACUGUUCCAUUUGACUUGAUUGCUCAAAGAGAAAAGGCUUGAGAUAGUUAGCUAUUAAUGAUUGCAUUGAUAUGCUCAGAAUAACUUGUUGAAUUGAUCUAAUCACUGUGAAGUCACUUUACACUCUUCACAACCCUUCACUCCAGUUGCUAUUGUCAUCCAGUUGGUUGAUGUUAUAGCAUGGUAUUAUUGUAGAUAUUUUGUGUCUGUUAUAGAAAAGUGUGCAUUUCGGAAUUUCCACACAUGGUGGGGGCUGACGGUGACAGUGUGCACCAAGCCAUUGCUAGUCGUGAUGUUUGGACUGUGACAGGAUCAGUAGAGAUGAGUAGAGUAGUACAGUAUGCCCAAAAUAUAUAUUUUAUGUUAUUUUAUGAUUAAAUUCUUCAUAUUUCACUUAAUAGGUGUGAAAGCCACAUUUAAGUAGGGUGUUGGUUGGUGAUAUUCUUCAAAUUAAUCCAGUUGCAAUAUACUGUAUCUUACAAUAUGCUGUUCUUUAAGUAUGCUGUACUGGACAGUACACUGUAUGUUACAAUAUCUGUACCGCUGCACAGUCUAGAAGUCACGAUCACUUGCAGAGUAACCGUUGUUUUUCAUGAAGCUUUCAAAUGAAUUUGUUUCAUGGUGUUGAAAUACAGCUGUUUUCCUUGGUAAUUUCUAAUUAACAUACAAUUAGAUGGGUGUAUGAAGGAAAUAUGUUCGGUGAAUGUAGCCAUGCCCCUUUUGUGUUCACAGUUGGUCUACAAAAAUACUGAAUGUCAUCAUGCUGGGGGCAUUUUAGUCCUCUGUCCUUGAUGUAUAUUUUGUUGUCAUUCUUCUCACCACUUCCUAAGCUUUUUAUCCAUUUGUCUUGAGAUAUUGUUCAUGUGCAUUCCCUCUUCAGCUGUUCAUACUUUUUUCAUUUUAUAUUUGUGAAUAGGGAGGUUUGUGAUUUGAUAAAAAUAACUUGAGGUUCUCUUGAGCCUAGAAUCUCGACCCUACUUGGAGUGUCAGUGGCUGACAUAACAUUUUGUUGCUUUUAUUUUAAGUUAUAAUAUCAUAUCGCAGUUUGCAAGAAAAUAUUGUGAAAGUAAAUGUAAGUAAAGGUACCGAUCCCCAGAGUGUGAUCGAAGGUCAUUGAAUGGUCAUAAGGGAAGUGUAAGCUCAGUCAUACCAUGAACAGACACUUGGUGAUAUUAUAGUUAGAGUGCAGUAUGUCUGUGGGAACUGCUAGGCUUAUUUAUACCUUCUUACAGUGUUUAUUGAGUAAAGCUAUGGCCUCUCAACUUGGUAACACUAUAACCUCCCACCUUUCAGACUCAUUCAUCCCAAUGGCCAGGCAGGACCGUAGAGCGGGGGAGGGGGGGGUCAUCGUAUUGCUCCAAGGGCCCAAACUUCUGCAAUUCUUUCAGCUAGGAAUUUGUUACAACCCCCUGCAAGACAAAGUUAAAUCUCAUAUAGGAUGCUGUCUCCUGACUGAGUAAUAGCACCACAAUGCAUGCUGCAGUUUCCAAAUAUUUAAGAAAUCCAGACAUGUCACCUUGUGUCCUUUUGUUCUCUCAUUGGCAUCCCGAGUGAUAGUUAGGACCUUUUGAAUAUCCCGCCACACAGACGGUGCUACAUAGUCUUCCAGGCUUGGCGCCUUGUUUUGAUGAUAAUUACUUCUAAUGUUGUACAAUUUCUUUAUGCAUUGAGAGUUUGCAAUAAUUAAGAUCUUGGAGAUUGAUAUGUAUUUGAUAGUCCAAUACGGUUAUGUGUAAAAGUGACUGCUCUACUAGGAUUGCUCUCAGUAGGAAUGCUAUAAUUGAUCUGAUUACAUGAGUCUUGAUUAUGUAAGCUUAGAGAGCAAUCAGUCUUAUUUGGCAAUAAUGAAUGAUAUUGAGAAUCUUUCUAACGAUGAUUGUAAAUGUAUGUUUAAAUGAUACCCUCACUGACUGACCACUAAUACACAGAGAAUAGAUUUUUUGAAAUAAUGUUAAGUUUAAAUUUUUCUAGAUUCUAAAUUAUAUAUAAUGUAUUAAUUUGGUUUUCAAGGGUUUUGAAUGUUACUUGAUGAAAAAUACACUGGAGAAUUUAAGCUGAAUGGUAAUUACUGUAUGUACUUUAUUGCAAAUUGAGUCGAAAAGUGUAUGUACUGUAGGGGGAAUUGUGGAAUACCUGAUGUAUACUAGAUGUAUUUUGUAAAUUGAUUUGUUAUGUAGGCUAGUGCUUAUUUUGGUUACUAAGGAUAGCUCUUGUAUUUACACAAGGUUGUGCAUAUCCUACUUAUGCAAAAUAUUUUUGAAAGGUUAAUUCACUCAAAUCGAUAUGUUAAGAUAUAAUAAAUUUUUAUUGAGUU